GAACAAGACGGGCGGAGCAGGCUCAGGUCCGGCGCCUGGUGCAGGAGAACCAGUAGCUGCGGGACGAGCUGGCCGCCACCCAGCAGAAGCUUCAGAGGAGCGAGCAGUCGAUGGCCCAGCUGGAAGAGGAGAAGAAACAUCUGGAGUUCAUGAACCAGACUAAAAAGUUUGACGAGGACGUCUCCCCGUCGGAUGAGAAAAAUGGGGAGGCAGCAAAAGACACACUGGACGAUCUAUUUCCUAACGACGAUGACCAGGGUCCAGGGCAAAUUUACUACAGCAGAGUGUCGGUGGCCCAGCAGUGGGGCUACGAGAUCCCGGCCCGUCUAUGGACGUUGCACAAUCUGGUGGUCCAGUACACUUCCCAGGGGCGCUACGAGGUGGCCGUCCUGCUCUGCACGCAGGCUCUGGAGGACCUGGAGAAAACGUCGGGUCACGAUCACCCCGAUGUGGUGACAAUGCUGAAUAUUCUGGCGCUGGUGUACAGAGACCAAAAUAAAUAUAAGGAAGCUGCCCACCUUCUCAACGAUGCUUUGGCUAUCCGGGAAAAGACCCUGGGAAAAGACCACCCAGCUGUGGCUGCUACACUCAACAACCUGGCCGUCCUGUAUGGGAAACAAGAGAAAUAUAAAGAGGCCGAACCUUUAUGCAAGAGAGCCCUGGAGAUUUGUGAGAAGGUGCUUGGAAAAGACCACCCGGACGUAGCCAAGCUGUUGAACAACCUGGCCUUCCUUUGCCAAAACCAGGGGAAAUAUGAAGAGGUCCAGUACUAUUACCAGCGGGCCCUAGAGAUCUACGAAUUGCACCUGGGCCCCAACGAUCGAAAUGUAGCCAAGACCAAGAACAAUCUGGCCUCCUCUUACCUCAAGCAAGGGAAAUACAAGGAAGCCGAGGCUCUCAACAAGGAGAUCCUGACCCAGGCACAUGAAAGGGAGUUUGGAUCGGUCAACGUUGCAGGACUCCAGUCGGACACGACUGAACAGAAGGCAAAAUAAA